ACGCCUCGUGCGCAUGCGUAAACUAGAGAAGUGUCCCACUCCUCCUGCACUGAAGUGGAGGCGCCAGAUGAACUCCACGCAUGCGGAGGUGUCAAGCGGCCGGGCAGCAUGCAGCAGCUCUUUUUCCUUCCUUUCUUCUUAACGGUCCUGGGACGGCUCUGCGCUUGGGCCGCUGAGCCCGAUGUGUUCAACAGCACUGCUUGUAGCUUCCCAUGCGAGAAUGGGGGCCAGGUGCCACUGGGCAUGAGAUGCGACGGAAAGCGAGAUUGCGCAGACGGCAGUGACGAGAGCAGCUGCAACUCUGGAAACGUUGUCUUGUGCGCGCCUGACGAAUGGCAGUGUGGCGGCGGAGGCCCUUGCCUGCCCUUGGAGCGGUUCUGCCACUGCUAUCUCGACUGCCUGGACAGCUCUGCCGAAUUAGCUGAGGACUGUGAGCUCCAGAAGGCCCAACCCAAAGCGGCCCUCCCUUCCUUGGUCUGCUCCCAGAACGAGUUCCAGUGCACUCCAGGGGCUCCCUGUUUUCCCCUGGAGUGGAGGUGCGAUGGCCACGCGGAUUGUGUCGAUGAGCGGGACGAACAGAACUGCGUCUCAGAUUUGCUGGUGACUUUGGUGGCAACUGAACCCGAGAGCAAGGUUUUCCCUGCAAAGGAUUCUCAGAGAAUUAGCAGGGAUCCGGUCUAUAUGACAGCGAUUGCCGUUGUGGCACUACUGAUUGCGGCGGCGGCUGGGGUUGGUGUUGCCCUGUGGGAGCGCAGGAGAGCAAAGCAUCGCUCCUCCUCCUCCAGCUACAAGCUAGCAGAUUGGUUCACAGCAUGAGCGGAUGGGAAGAUUCUCCACCUGGAGCGUUUGACGCCAUUCUUUCCUAUGGAACGACCUCCGCCUGAACAAGAUGGAGUCUCCAGUCCCUGAUAUUUGGACCCUGCUUCCCUAGCAACUGUCUCCAGUGAAGAUAUAUUUUCACCCAGGGCAAAGUACCCCGUUGCCAGCUAUCCAUACAAGAGGGGCCACAAUCCUUCAAGGGAGUAGUAACUGCAGGCAGGGAAGGUUGGACCCCCCAUCCCCCCCUUUUGGUCCAUGAAUAUCACUCCUGAUUUAUUUUUUUUAAUGCCAGAAUGGAGCUUAUUUCCUAAGAAUCCACAGGCAGCAUCGAGAGCUCUUUCCUGCCAAGCGAUGGUAGCAUUCUCUUAUCUGGAACAGCCUCUGUUGAUGUGUAUUUUCUUAUCUUUGUUUUCGGGGCAAGUAGAGGCACACAGCUGUUCUUCCAGAAGGUGAAUAUCAUUGUGUAGAGAUUUUUCAAGCUCCUUCAGCUGGUGAAUUUUUUCUUCAAGAGUUUUGAUCUUCUCCAUCCCGGUGUCGUCAAAACGGUUUCUCUCUCUCGACUGUCUCGCUCCCCAAAUUUAUCCUUUCUUUCCCUCAAGUGAGAAGCAUAUCCAGGGCUUUUUUUUUUUUUGUCGCAGGAGUUCCUUUGUGUAUAAGGCCACACACUCCUGAUGUAGCCAAUCCUCCUGGAGCUUACAGUAGGCCCUGUACUAAGAGCCCUGUAAGCUCCAGGAGGAUUGGCUACAUCAGGGGUAUGUGGCCUAAUAUGCAAAAGAGUUCCUGCUACUAAAAAAGGCCCUGAGUGUACCACCCAAAAAAUGUUCUCUAGUGACGCUGCCAGUUAGCGCAGUUGCCCCAGGCUGUCUCCUAAAGGAGCACUCCUAAAUUUUGAUGUUCCUUCUUCAUUUCAGUUUUUGGUCCUAGCAUUUCUUGGAAGCAUCUCCUUAGGUUUUUUUUUAAUGUCCUUUGUAAAAUUCUCAGUAGCAUUCAGAGUUCUGUCCUUUCAGAUGCCCAGCAAAGGGAGAUUCUUAGCUUGCCUGUGGCUAGACGUCCCCCUUUCCCCACGUCACUUUUUAUUUAUUAUUUCUGAACUAGCUCGGUGCCUUUGAAUGUCUGACUGCUGUACCAAGAAUGAACAGGAAGACAUCACCAUGAGGUUUUCAAGGUGUUCUGGUUUUGAUCACAGCCAGGGUGAACUCCAGCUUAAAUGACCACAGCGACCACCUGGCCUGGCCACAGCGAGUGGAUCGGGUUUGAGGUGCUGCACUAGCCCCUCUUUGUUGCACUCGAGGUUCCUUUGAGGGUGGGGGAGCUAGUUGUCCACCGGGGAACAGUUUACCUCUUUUGAAAAGGCAACGGCAGUGAGUCAUUUUGACCUGUGAGAAAUAAAUUUCCUUUUUGUUUUCUCUUGCCUUGGAGAUGAUUGAACGUCACUGUGGAUAUUUUAAUAUAUUUCUUUUCUGUAUGCAAGCUGCUGUCAGCAGGGGGAACUGCCAUGAUCUUUGGGAGCAAUAAAAAUAUAUGACUGAA